UUCUCCAUCUCCUCCACUAUUCGGCCUGUAUAUGAGCGGAUCACGAGAGAGAGCCGCAUACGCUAAUGUAGCCGACACAGAGGGUCUCAUGGAGCUUGUCAAAGCGGCAGUGUUUUAUUUGUCUUUUCGUCCACAAUGCACUUUAGGAUUUCAAUAAGAUGUAUGUGUGUUUUGAGAUAGUGACUUUUCUUCUCGCCUUCAACUUCUACGAUUUGGUUCUUACUCAGGAUUCGUCCUGCUGCCACCAUGCUGCGGAACUCACACCAUGUAGGGAAGCAUGCGAUCAGCUCGCCACCAUAAAAAGCGAAUCUCGUUUGAAGCACCUACUACAGCGAUUACCAAGCUACUGCCCUGAGUCUAUGAAUGAGCUUUGGAUUUGCAUCAACUCCACACUACCUGGAGCGUCCAGGAAGUCCGAUGGUUGGGUUGGCCUUGGCUGUUGUGAGCUGGCCAUCUCGGCAGAGUGCCGCAGAGAGUGCAAGCAGGCAUCAUCCAAGAACGACAUCACAAAAAUAUGCAAAAAAGACACUGAGAAACCACUCUACAGCUGUAUCAUCAAAAAUGAGAUGGGCUCGGUGUGCUGCAGCUACGCAGGGAGACACACCAACUGCAGAGAGUACUGCCAGGCUAUCUUCCGGACAGACUCCUCCCCCACCGUCUCUCAAAUCAAAGCUGUCAAGGAAUACUGCCAGAGCAUCAGCCCAGAGCUCAUUGGCUGUGUGGGCAACUACACCAAGUCUUACCCUAUUAGAAGCCCCAUAGACAGCCUGUAUUGCUGCGACCGGGCAGAUGAGCCCCACUGCCAGGUGGCAUGCCGGCGUAUCCUUCGCACCAUGACCACGGAGCAUGAGAUCAUGGAGGGCCUGAUCGAUGAGUGCGGCAGCCAACCACUGCCCCAGGACCCGCUGUGGCAGUGCUUCCUGGGCAGCGCCCACCCCCCAACCAAGAGCGAGACGGAGACCUCCCCCACCGCCAAGAUGGACGGCGCCAAGCUGCACUGCUGCUCCAAAGCCAAUACCUCAUUAUGCAGGGAUAUGUGUCAGGAGAUCAGCACCAACUGGGGCACUCAGACAUGGCAGGAGUUUGACCAGAUGUGCGAGUACAACCCUGUGGAGACGGAUCUGAUCACCUGUUUGGCCGACGUCAGGGAGCCCUGCCAGCUAGGCUGUAAGGACCUGGCCUACUGCACCAACUUCAACAACAGGCCCACUCAGCUGUUCCGUAGCUGUAACAUCCAAUCAGACCAGGGCGCCAUGAACGACAUCAAGCUGUGGUCCAAUGGGACGAUCAAGAUGCCCUUUAUGAACAUCCCCGUCCUGGACAUCAGGAAGUGUCGUCCGGAGAUGUGGAAGGCUGUGGCCUGCGCCCUGCAGAUCAAACCCUGCUACAGCAAGUCCCGCGGCAGCGUCAUCUGCAAGUCGGACUGUGUAGACAUCCUGACACAGUGUGGUGACCACAAACGCUUCCACGAGGGACAGACAGCCGAGCGCAUCUGUGAGAUCCUGUCCCCCAUAGACGACCCUGAACGCUGCAUCCCCCUGGAGAGAUAUCUCACUCCUAGCUCCCUGGGUAACAUCAUUGAGGAGGUCAUCCACCCCUGUAACCCCAACCCCUGUCUCAGCAACCACCUGUGUGAGGUGAACAGGAAGGGCUGUCAGCCAGGACAGGACUGCCUGCCCUACUUCUGUGUGCCUGGCUGUAAACUGGGCGAAGCCUCAGAGUUCCUGGUCCACCUGGAAGCCCGUAUCCAGGUGCCCAUGCGUAAUGGGCAGGCGGGUUGCUUCGAGGUGUGUACCUGUGGCCAGAGUGGAAGGCUGGAGAACUGUGCUGAGAUGCCCUGCAUAGACACCUCCAAGAAUUGCAUUGUUGGGGGACAAAGAAAAAACCAUGGGACGUCCUUCAGGGUAGACUGCCACCCCUGUUCCUGCUUCGCUGGAGAGACCAUCUGCUCCACCCGCCAGUGCCUCAGCGCCGACAGCUCAGACGAGGACCGCCGCCGCUUCACUGGGCUCCCAUGUGGCUGCCCUGACCGCUUCGUGCCAGUGUGUGCCCGUAAUGGCCGCACCUACCCCAGUGCCUGUGUGGCCCGCUGCAUGGGCUUCAAAGACAACCAGUUUGUGUUUGGCCACUGCCGCAGCAGCGACCCCUGUUCCCCCAACCCCUGCCAGAAGAACCAGAGGUGCAUUCCCAGCCGUAGAGUGUGCCUUACAGACAUGGUUGACUACCACUGUCCCCAGUAUGAGUGUGUCGGUCGUCCCUCCGGCUGUGGCAAGAUGCACAUGGACCUGGCCUGCGACACAGACAACGUGGAGCACCCCAACCUCUGUCAGCUCCUCCAGAUGGACAAGACCCUGGCCUAUAUGGGCCACUGUCAGGAUGCCUGUAAAAAGGCACGGCCUGUGUGCGGCCACAACGGCGAGACGUACAACACAGUGUGCGAGGCCUACUCGGACCGCGUUGCCGUGGACUAUCAGGGGCGGUGCCACGCCGUGGGGGCGGUGGCAGAGUUUGCCUCUGACUCAGGCUGUGACAUGAUCCCCUGCCCCGCCCUGUCCACCCCGGGUUGCAUCCCUGUCACACCACCCGGUGCAUGCUGUCCUCUGUGUGCGGGCAUGCUGCAGAUCCUGUGGAACAAGGAGCAGAUUAACAACUUUGCUAAGUUGAACAGGAAGCAGCCAGUGACGGUCCAUGACAUCCUGAGGAUCCUGCGUCUCCACAUCUCCGUGCCGCAGUGUGACAUCUUCGGCUACCUGAGCAUUGACUCAGAGAUCAUCGUCCUCAUCGUCCCAGUGGACCAGCAACCCACCCCACUGCAGAUUGAAGCCUGCAGCAUGGAGGCGGAGAAGAUUGACUCGCUCAUCAACUACGGCAGCCCCACCCUGGUCUCCCAUGUUCCUCUGUCUGCCUUCCUCACCUCCGAGGUCUCCAUCUCCACCAUCAGGUCCGCGGGCCACGCCAGCUCAACGCCCUCCUCCCUGCCCAUCUUCUUCUGCCUCGCCCUGGGCCUCCUCCUCACUUUAGCACCAGGCCUAUCCGAGGCCAAGCUAGUCUCUGCUAGCCAGCCAGGCCCCGCUGGCAGGAGGCUGGGUGUGUUGUGGAGUAUUCUGACCCCUUCUCGGGUCAUUGCCUGACAGGAAGCAUCAGCCUGUAAAAGCCUUGACAAUCAAUCCCAUUAACUCUACUGCACCAGCGUCAACACAAUCAUGGACGAGAAGCUAUGAGAUGAAUCCUAAUUGAACGAGAGAAGCGGAGACACAAUCACAUUCCAGCUUUGGUUCCACAGAGCUCUAUAUAUAUCGUUCUAAAGAAGAUGAGUUUUAUCACACAGGGUUUUGUAUCCAUUUUAUUCUGCAACAGAAGCUCUCUCCUCCUCUAAAGCUGUGGAGUGGGGAGUUUGUGUGGGUUUUUGCCUGCGUGCUUGUGUUUAUGCGUAUGUGUACGCACACGUGUGUGUGUGUGUGUGUGUGUGUGUGUGUGUGUGUGUGUGUGUGUGUGUGUGUGUGUGUGUGUGUGUGUGUGUGUGUGUGUGUGUGUGUGUGUGUGUGUGUGUGUGUGUGUGUGUGUGUGUGUGUGUGUGUGUGACACAGAGAGAGAGAGGAACCAGGUGGUUAAGUCUCAGAGGGGGAGUCAGGUCUAGAUGUCAGACAGGUGCGCUCCCAAACACUGACAUUUGUCCCAGAUAAUCUCAGGGGUGUAAUUACCCUCCUCCGCCUCCUCCCCCUCUCCUCCCCUUUCUCCCACUCCCGUUUUACAUUUGUACUAUUGUAAAUAAAGAGCGAGUGGGGAGGUGCUGACUGAGACAGUAAUACUGGAAUGUGAAACAGGUCAAAGGCAGGCAAACAUUCCCGCUCCGUAGGCUGAAAGACACACAAAAGGGAUUCUCGUUGUUCCUCUAGAGUAGAUAAGAUAUCAAAUAAGGAGGAACGACAGCCAUGUUUUUAAUGAAAAUGACAAUCAUCACUUUACCCAUGAUGCACAUGGGUAGGAACAAAAACAAAUAGCAACAACAUGCUUUGCAUAUAGUUCCUAUGUGAAAUAAAUGCAAUAACUUUAUAAUGUUGAUAAUAAUUAUUCCGAAACUAUUCCGAAAUGUUCUAUAUUUCAAAUAAGAAAUGGAUCGAGAUGUGAUUCAAUAUGUGCCAUUUUCUAAAUGUUUUAUUCUUGCAUGAUGACAAUUAUGAAGUGUUUUUACUCCAGAAUGUAUUGUACUAUGUUUGUCCUGUCCCCACGUUUGAUUUGAUGUUGUCUCUAUGCCUACGCAACACGAAGUGUCCCCGUUUUCUACAGUAUUAUCGUGCUAGGCAGCUUUGUAGCAGCAAACCCUUCAAGGGUCCUUGUAGUAUUGUAUCUGUUUCCGAGGGAUUUAAACUCAGUUUUAUGUUGUUUUUAUGUUAUCAAGUGUUCAUAUUGCCAAUGUUUAGAAAGAGUAUAGCUGUAGGCACUUAAGCAUUAUGUUAAUCAUCACUGUAUUGCAUCAUUGUCUCGUUGGAGAUGGCAGUACUUGCAAUGUGUUUGUAAAAUGCCAACAGAAUGCAUAUUUUAUAAAAUAUAAAGUCCUACAAUCAA